GUAAGUGUGGAACGGCUGUACUUUAGCCCUGUGCUGCUAAGGAUUAGCAUUAGCUCGGUGUCUCAGUGCGACUUUUAGAGCGUACCGGAGACGCGGUGCGGCUGCAGAGCGCCUUCCUCCUCAGCGCCACAUAAACAUACGGAAAUUCACCAACAUCAAGCUAUGGCCCACAACUGAUGCAGAGAGUGCUUGAGAUGGCAGAGGGGAUUCAUGUUGGCGAAAUGCCCUCGUAUGAACUAGUCUCAAGUGCUGAAGCAAAAAAGAGGCCCAAUUCAUCUGAUGGAAGUGACGAACCCAUGAGGAAGAUGCCUGUGUCCAAAUUUGGCCCGAGACCACGAUUCGAGCCAGUUCACUUUGUCAGUGGUAGCAGCAGCAGCACCAGUGGAUUAGGGCGUGCUGAUGAAAAAGAAAAUGAGAAAGAACGUAGGAGCGGGGAGGGGAAUAGCCUAAGGCAAAGGGAGCCAGACCAGCCACACAGUAGUAGCCAUGGUUAUGGCCCUCCUCCCUCCUCCUCAUCAUAUGGUUUUGACUCUUGGGCUGAGCGCAGAAGUAAGGACAUGUCAUUUGGCAACAAGAGCGGUUUUGGUUACGGUGGCAGAGGGCCCACCUCAAACUUCAUGGGAAAAAUGCAGCAGGAAUACACAGCAAGAUAUGAGGCACACAGUGCAAGACAGGCAAACUCGCCUCCUCAGUCAAGCCGAUUUGAUAGCUAUGGAGGGGGACGGUCUGGACGCUGGGAUUCUGGAAGGCAUGGCUUAGGCUUUGGCCAUAAAGAUAGACCAUCAUCUAGCAAAGGUUUGACUAGAUCUUAUGACAGCCCAAGCAGAGCCAGUCCUGGCCUGCUCCCUACACCAAAUAUGCCAACCCCAGUUCCUCCAGCUACCCUGGAUGAGAAGCAAAGGUUAGUUACCAGGGUGGUAUCUGCAGUAGCCGUCACACUCCGAGACCCUGCAUUCGUGGGUGGACCCGAUGGUCCAAAUUACAAUUUCAUUCUCAGUCGAAGCAUUCAGGCUUGUAAAACUAACCCUGAGUACAUUUAUGUCAAUUUAAAAGAUAUUCCUCCAUCUGACCUUCCUAAGAACAAGAAAGUACCACCUGAGGGCUAUGCAUGUGAGCUGAGAUGUUCAGGUGUGUACCUGGCGACAGGCUACUCUGGCAGCAAGAAUGGUGCAAGGGACCGAGCAUCAGAGCAGGCUGUGAAACUUUUCAUGAAACCAGUGGAGGUCCGUGUAGUGCAGCGCCUUUAUAAGCGCAAUUAUGUCAAUGAUUUGGUAGUGUGUCAGUUAAACACACCCACCCCAGCCUUAGUUCCACCUCUACGCAACCCAGAGGACAGCCCACCACCCAGUACCAAGGGUCAGUAUGUGCCUGAUAAAAGCAAACACUGGACAGAGUUUGUCAUAAUGGAAAAUGCCCAUGAUGCCAUUUGCAUCCUCAACAAUUCUGCUGCCUAUAACCGUAUGAAAAUUGACUAUUCUUUUGAUCCAGUACCUAAUAGCAGUUCAUGGGUGUGUAGUGUUUACUUGCAAGGUGAACUUUUAGCUCAAGCCAGAGGGACAAAGAAGAGCUCUAAACAUGCUGCAGCUGAGGAGGCUGUAAAAAAGCUACGAAUGAACCAGGCAGUUCGCCAACAGCAGGAACAACAGGAUCAAUACCAACAGCAGCAGCAGUUUUCUCAAGGAAACCCUAAUCCUGAUCAGCCUGUUGCUGGUUUUGGCCAAUUUGGUCCACGCAAGAAACAGCUCAGUGAACUGGUUAUUCUAGAAAACUCUGAUAAUGCCAUUUGCAUCAUUAACGAUACUGCACAGUUCAACAAGGUGGCUGCAGACUACAAAUUUACAGUGCUACCAGACCAUCGCUGGAGGUGCGAGGUAUACAUUGAGGGUCAGUUUGUGGCUGAAGGCAUUGGUCCCAAAAAGACUGUUAAACAUAUUGCAGCUGAGGAGGCCAUUGCCACACUGAAGCGAACACAAGCAGUAGUAAAGUCAAACCUUAGGAAGGAGGGCAAUGUAGACGCCAUUUCCCGAAAUCAAAUCAUGGCUCGUUCUGGGGAAGAAGCCACACGGCAGGAAAUAAAGGAGGACAAUAUUGGUAACCAGUUGCUCCGCAAGAUGGGCUGGACAGGUGGUGGGUUGGGACGAGAAGGAGAAGGCAUAGCUGAACCAAUCAUGGUUAAGGAACAGUUUACUAGGGAGGGACUCGGUAUGGACAUGGAAAAACAUGGUCAUCUGACAAAGCGUGAUAUAGAGGAUAUCAUACGCAAUUAUGCUUGUUCAGAGCGCCAGGAUGACCUGCGAUUCUCCACUGAGCUCAAUAAUGAGGAACGGAAGCAGAUUCACCAGGUCUCCCAAAAAUAUGGGCUACGGAGCAAAUCUUAUGGCCAGGGAAGACACCGCUUCCUUGUGGUUAGCCGGAGAGUGCAAAAGGAUCAGCUGAUUGGUCAACUGCUGCAAGAGGGACAGGUGGGACGAUACGAGCUGGUAAAACCUCAGGCCUCUGAACUGGACCCUAAUGACCCUUACCCUAAUGACCCUUACCCAAAUGACCCCUACUCUAAUGAACCUUACCAAAAUGACCCCUACCCUAAUGAGUCCUACCCUAAUGAACCCUACCAGGGACUGUGACCUGAGUUGAGCAUAUGUACUUAUGUUUAUUGGUUUCAAAGACAGAUUAAAAUGUAUUUUUCAAUAAGCGUGUCCACUAACAUCAGUCGCUUCUGUCUUCCUGACAGAACAAUCAUUUUCUAUUUAUGGCACUCUCCUCUCCCCCUCCUCAUGGCCAUAGAUUUUGAGGAUUCUAACUAAUUUGAGCAAGGCACUAUGUUGUACACAAGCUACGUACUAAGAUUAGUCAUAUCUUGUAUACUGUCAUUUUUAUGGACAUUAAUGUUGGUAGUGAAUUCUAUGGCAGCAUGUGCUAUCAAACAUUCCAUUUUCAUAAGAUUUUCAUGGCCAGCACAUCCUGCUCAUGUGCUGGACCAUUUAAAAUCCUAAAAAAUGUAAACAAACUAACAGCUCAUGAAAAAAAAGUUACUGUUUUACAUUUGUCACAUUACAGUCAGGUAACUAUUGUUAGUGGUAUCGUAAAGACCUAAUGUAUCAUUAAAAUCUAGUUAUCUAAGCCACUUUCCCUAGACAAAUGCCUGAGCAGCAGUUGUGCUUUGCUCACAAUUUUUUUUUGUGAGAUCUAUCGUGUCUGCUUGUUGUAUAUUAAAGGACUUAAUCUGGUCAAUA